AGCUCAGUUUAACGAGAAAACUGCAGUUUUUUAGCGACUGACUACCGGGUUGUGAUCAUUCAGUUCUCCAACAAUGUUGAAAUGACUAAUAUUACAUGGCUAACGGGACAGGAUGUCAGUGAUAAAGGAGAUUGUUUUGGCAACACUGUCACAAACCCUUUCAAAGAACAAACCUAGCCCGUUUUUACCCGAUCGUUGUGGUGUAAACACACCUUUAGUUUGUCAUGAAUCCCUUGGUAAAAUCUCUUUUGUUUGGUCUUUUUAUGAUGUUGUCGGUCUCGCAUGUCACUGUGUGAAAGGCUUUGACAGUGGCUUUUGUUUGCUGCCAUUGUUUUCUUCUUUGCCGUUGUCAUUGUGACCCAGCAUUCACUGAAAAAGCAUCGAUUCUGUUCGGGUUGAAUCGCUGGCACGUCGUAGGUCUCGGUAGGAAGUGCUUUGACCUGUUUAUUCACUGACUGUUUAACGCUUAGAAGUUGAAACGAGUUUCAGAGGCCGGGGUGGAUUUUCCCCAAGAGAUUUUUUUCCCCAUACACUUCCUGUGGACCUCAAUCCCCACCUAAGAACAGUCUGGAUGCUGACCAUUGAGGCUCGUCCACACCGGAUUUUCUUCCCGCGCUAAGAAAACUUGCCGCCAUGCCGAUCCUCAAGCAACUGGUGUCGGGCUCGUCACAGAAGACGCGGCGUUCCCGCAGCGACCUGACUCGCGAGAUGAUCAGCGCACCACUGGGCGACUUCCGCCACACAAUGCACGUGGGCCGCAGCGGCGACGCUUUCGGUGACACCUCCUUCCUGAGCACGCGCUCAGGCGAGCCCCCUGCCCAGACCGCCUCCUUCCCUGGCUCCCCUAGGCCGGGUUUGCUUUCGCGCACCUUCCGGAGCAGCAAGCGCUCCCAGUCCACGACCCGCGUAGACCACCCUCCUGCAGUCUCCGAAGGCUCGCCGACUUAUGUGAAGAACGCCAUGUCGUUGCCGUUCCUCAACGACGACGUCGGGAGCCCGUCGCAGAGUCCGCUGAAGCAAUCCGGGGACAGCGUCGCCGCCACGGCUAACGCCGUGCACUUCCUAGAGCUGGAGGAGCGCCGUUUCGGGGAACCCGGCGAGCUCCCCGAAAGAUGGAGCCCCCCAGACGGCGGGAUGAAGCACGCCGAGUCAGUCAUGUCCUUCCACGUGGACCUCGGGCCGUCCAUGCUGGGCGACAUCCUCGGCGUUAUGGAGAAGGAGGAUGACGAUCUCGGCUACGAGGAAGGAAAAAGCAGCGAAGGCCGCGCCUCCCCACCUCUUAGCGCCCACGAAGACGACGACCGCGCCGAAAAAAUGGCAACCUCGACAGUAGAGUACACGGAAGCGCCUCCAAGACCCGAGCCGGAGGGUCCGUACACCCCCCGGUACACUCCGGAGGUCCUCCCCAAACACUUGAGGCAAGCGGACAGCUGCUCUGUAUCCAGCUCUGGCUCGGCCGCCCUGGACGAGAAGGCCCACGUGUAUGCAGGAGACACGGACAGCGCCACCUUCAGUGCCCCUCCAGAAGAGGAGAGCAACUUCUCGUCUUUCCUAGACGACGAUGACGACGAUGAGAUUCGCGUAUGAGAAACUCUGGAAUGUUGUUUACAUAAAGCAUCGCGAGUGGGAAUCAGGAAUCUGUUUUUCCUGCCCCCUCCCCUCUUCUCACUUUGAAUAUGGAACAUUCCAGAAGAGGGCCACCGAGGACAGCUUGGAAAGGAAAAAACAUAGUUUCCCCCAGCGUCUCGCAUUCGACACGUCCCGCCACAAGAUAACCGCGUGGCUUAUUUCUCAGCCUUUGGAAUAUAGUUGACAAGUGCCAGUGUCGCCGCAUCCUGUGGAAUUCUUCUCUUUUUCCGCUCGGCAGCUGUGCAUUCCAGACUGGAAACAAGACCCGAAUAGAGGAUGUCAAGUGUAAAGCGAGACGUUUCCACGCAAAAGUGCAAAUGUGUUCGUCUCAAAGCCGCAGUCAUGUAAUUUCUCUGGUAACACAUUAUUUGACAGUGGCGUCAUAAGAGCGUCAUAAUUAUGAUAUGACACCGUCAUGAACAUUAAUGAAUGCUUAUGACGGAUGUCAUGAAGUGUCAUUUGGCAAUUUGUCAGUUUUGAAAGGAUUAUGUAAAUGGGGUUAGUGACAUAAUAUGCCGGAUGACACUUCAUGACAUCUGCAUAAGCAUUUAUUAAUGGUCAUGACAGUGUCAUGUCAUAAUUAUGACUGUCUUGUGACACCACUGUAAAAUGGUGUUGCCAAAAAAAAAAAAAAAACAUUCAAUUUUGGGGCGUUUUUGGCUGGUGAAAGGGUAACACUUAAUUUGACAAUGGGUUCAUAAGACUGUCAUAAGACCGUCAUAAUUAUGACAUGACACUGUCAUGAGCAUUAUUGAAUGCUUAUGACAGAUUUCAUGAAUUGUCAUUUGGAUUUCAAAGAUGUAAAUGGAGUUAGUAACAUAAUUUGCCGGAUGACACUUCAUGACAUCUGUCAUAAGAAUUCUUUAAUAUACAUGACGGUGUCAUGUCAUAAUUAUGACUGUCUUGUGAAACCACUGUAAAAUAUACAAAAAAAAACUCUGACAGUGGGUUCAUGAAACUGUCAUAAGACCGUCAUAAUUAUGAAAUGACACUGUCAUGAGCAUUAGUGAAUGCUUAUGAUAGGUGUCAUUUGGAUUUAAAAGCUGUAAAUGGAGUUAGUAAGGCGGAUGACACUUUAUGACAUCUGUCAUAAGCAUUCAUGAAUACUUAUGACUGUUUCACGUCAUAACUAUGACCAUCUUAUGACAGUCAUAUGAUACCACUGUCAAAAAAAGUAUUACAAAAAAAAAAACUCAUAAAAUUUUAGGGCUGUUUUGGGCCGUAGAAGGUUAACACUUUAUUUAACAGUGGGUUCAUAAGACUGUCAUAAGGCCAUCAUAAUUAUGAUAUGACACUGUCAUGAGCAUUAACGAAUGCUUGUGACAGAUGUCACAAAGUGUCAUCUGGCAAAGUUAUCAUGACGUGGCAAAUUUUGUCACCAACUCCAUUAUUUCCAGUCCGGAUCUUUUCCAUCCAUUUAAAAGUGACAAUUUGCCAUAUUUGGAUAUAAAAGUAAAUAUUUAAGUAAAUAAUUAUGACACGACACUGUCAAGAGCACUAAUGAAUGCUUAUGACAGAUGUCAUGAAGUUUCAUUUGACAAUUUGUCAUUUUAAAAGACGUAAAUGGAGUUUGUGACAUAAUUUGCCAGAUGACACUUAAUGACAUCUGUCAUAAGCAUUCAUUAAUCCUCAUGACAUUGGCAUGUCAUAAUUAUGACAGUGAUAUGAUGCCACUGUCAAAUGAAAUGUUACCAAAAAAAGUAAUUACAUUUUGGGGCGGUAAAACUUUAUUUAACAGUGGGGUCAGAAGACUGUCAUAAUUAUGACGUGACACUGUCAUGAGCAUUAAUGAAUGUUUAUGACAGAUGUGAUUAAAUGUCAUUUGGCGAUUUUUCAUUGUAAAAGAUGUAAAUGGAUUAGUGACAUAAUUUGCCAGAUGACACCUAAUGACAUCUGUCCAUAAGCAUUCAUUUAAUAGUCAUGAAAGUCUCAUGUCAUAAUUAUGAUAGCGGUAUGAUACUGUCAAAUGUUACCAAAAAAAAAAAAGAAACCAAUAAAUUUUGGGGCUUUUUUUGGUGUAGUAAAAGGGUAACACUUUAUUUAACAGUGGAUUAAUAAGACCAUCAUAGUUGUGACACGACACUGUUAUGAGCACUAAUGAAUGCUUAUGACAGAUGUCCCGAAGGUUCAUCUGGCAAAUUAUGUUAACUUUGAAUGGAUUUAAAAUACGUAAAUGAGUUAGUGACAUGAUUUGCUGGAUGACUGUUCAUGACAUCCGUCAUAAGCAUUCAUUAUUGCUCAUGACAGUGUCAUGUCAUAAUUAUGACUGUCUUAUGACAGUCACGUGAUGCCACAGUCAAAUAGUGUUACCAAAAAAAACCUAUUUUUGGGUGGUAAAAGGUUAACACUUUAUAUAACAGUGGGGUCAUAAGACGGUCAUAAAUAUGAUAUGACACUGUCAUGAGCACUAAUGAAUGCUUAUGACGGCUGUCAUGAAGUGUCUACUGGCAAAUUGUGCCACUAACUCCAUUUACAUUUUUUAAAAUGACAAAUUGCCAAAUGACGCUUCAUGACAUCGGUCAUAAGCAUUCAUUAAUGCUCAUGACAGUGUCAUGUCAUAAUUAUGACUGUCUUAUGACAGUCACAUGCCACAGUCAAAUAGUGUUACCAAAAAAAACUCUUUUUGGGUGGUAAAAGGUUAACACUUUAUAUAACAGUGGGGUCAUAAGACGGUUAUAAUUAUGAUAUGACACUGUCAUGAGCACUAAUGAAUGCUUUUAUGAUGGAUGUCAUGAAGUGUCAUCUGGCAAAUUGUGCCACUAACUCCAUUUACAUUUUUUAAAAUGACAAAUUGCCAAAUGACGCUUCAUGACAUCGGUCAUAAGCAUUCAUUAAUGCUCAUGACAGUGUCAUGUCAUAAUUAUGACUGUCUUAUGACAGUCACAUGCCACAGUCAAAUAGUGUUACCAAAAAAAACUCUUUUUGGGUGGUAAAAGGUUAACACUUUAUAUAACAGUGGGGUCAUAAGACGGUUAUAAUUAUGAUAUGACACUGUCAUGAGCACUAAUGAAUGCUUUUAUGAUGGAUGUCAUGAAGUGUCAUCUGGCAAAUUAUGCCACUAACUCCAUUUACAUCUUUUAAAAUGACAAAUUGCCAAAUGACACUUCAUGACAUACGUCAUAAGCAUUCAUUAGUGCUCUUGACAGUGUCGUGUCAUAAUUAUGACUGUCUUGUGACACCAUUGUCAAACGAAGUGUUCCCAUUUCUCUGAUAUAUCUAACAUAUAUUUCAUUGGUUACAUUGCUACCGACAGACGUCCAAUUCAUUUGAAGGGCUGGCGGCCAAUGAUCGUUCAGUCGUAACAGUUCAAACAAAUUUGACGUGAAUCGCCGUCACUGUUUUAAACUCUGUUGUUGGUACAAUUGGGAGAACAAAGGUGACAGGCCCAAUUAAAUCCAAGUUGUCAGUUUUCGUUCAUCCCUUUGUUUGUUUUAUGUAAAUGCAGAAGCAGCAAAAGAUAAGUUUUGGAUUUGCAACUUUGCAUCACCACAUCGUGGUCGUUGCAUCACGCUUGUGAAAAAAAUACAGAUUUGUGCGGUGGCUGCACUUUGGUGAAAAGUGCCAAAAUAUAUUGUUGUUCUUGUUAGUACACCAAAAAGAAUUUUGUUAAUGAUUGGGAGACUCCCACUUCCAUGUAAAAGGAUAAUCACUAAAUUAAUAUAACACUACUGUGUAUGAUGAAGGUCCGUGUACAUUUUUGUGUGUGUGCCAGGGGGGCUUUUUGUCCUAUGCCUUACCUUUACCUUUCUAGCUUUUUCUUCCCCUGUAUGAGCUAAUAUAACCUAUAUUUUUCAAUAAAAGAA